AUGGAAAGUCCUCAAUUUAGUUAUUACUCUUAUAACCCAACUCAAGUUGGUGCCAUAAUUUUCAUUGUCUUAUUUGGGAUAUUAAUUCUUUGGCAAACUUUCCAAUGUGUUCAAUCAUAUAUUUAUAUUUUGAUACCUUUUUAUAUUGGAUUAUUUUGUGAAUUUAUUGGAUUUAUUGCCCGUUCCAUAUCUCAUGAUAGUAUUUUUGAUCGUUCACCAUUCAUCACACAAACUUUAUUAAUCUUGAUUGGGCCUCCUUUUUUCAGUGCUUCAAUUUAUAUGAUCUUUGGAAGAAUGGUUACAAGAAUUUUACAUAAUGAAGAGUUUUUAUUAUUAAAAGCCAAGUACAUUACCAAAAUUUGUGUUGUUGGUGAUGUUAUUUCAUUGUUUUUACAAGCUAUUGGCGGUAUUGCAAUUUCUGGUGCUGAAGAUAAUAUUGAUCGUUUUAAUAUGGGUAAGAAUAUUAUUAUUGGUGGGUUAGUUAUUCAAAUUUUAUUCUUUGGAUUCUUUGUUGUUGUUGAAACUACUUAUUAUAUCAAGUUAAGAAUGAAUUCAGAUUCAAGUGAUUAUAACCUUUAUGUUUUAAAUCAAGAUAUUAAACAAUUCCCAUAUAGAUUUAAUAAUUGGAAAAGUAUCUUGGAAAGUUUAUUUGUUUGUUCAAUGUUCAUUUUGAUUAGAUCAGUUUAUAGAGUGAUUGAAUUCACUGAGGGUAAUGGUGGUUAUAUCUCAAGUCAUGAAUGGUUUAUCUAUGUUUUCGAUGGGUUGAUGAUGUUUUUCUGUGCAGUUUUGUUUGUUUCGCAAGAUGUUUCCAAUUAUUUCUUGAAAACUAUUCCAUUGACUUUAGGUAAACACUGA